UUGUCCUCCUCUUUUCCUUCUUCUUCUUCCAUCCAUAUCACUAGUUCGCCUUCACAAUUCUUCCUCUCCUCCCUCCUCUCCUUCUUCCUCUUCCUCUUGCACACUCCUCUAAACAACAAUCAAUCAAUCAUGCCGAUAAAAUCGCCUUUCGAGUCAUCCAUCGCAAAGCCAGGGCAAGGCAAGGUCGUCCUCUCCCUCCUGCCCCCAUCAAUUCCAACCCUCACGACCCUCACCUACAAAUAUCCUUUGAAACUCCUCACUCGCGUCCCCGGAUUUGUUCCGCAAACCUCGGCCUCAUCAACUAGUCCCUCCCAACCCGUCCACCUCUACCUCCUCACCUACGGCGGCGGUCUAUUACCAGGCGAUCAUAUCUCCGUCUCCAUAACCCUCGAACCUCGGACCCGCAUGGUCGUGACAACGCCACAAGGAAGCACGAAGAUUUUCAAGACAGAGCCCAACGCCAGCGUCAAAGGCCACCGCGGCACCCCAAAACAUAUCCUCUCCGAUAAAAGUCGCCAGACAUUAGACGUGCACAUUGGCGAAGAUGCCGCCCUCUGCUACCUUCCGGACCCAGCCGUGCCCUACAAAGACAGCCGCUACGAGCAGAUCCAGACCUUCACCGUUGACGGGCUCAACAAGAGCAGUCUCUGCAUCCUCGACUGGGUAACAGAGGGUCGGUCCUCCCGAGGCGAGAGCUGGGAUUUCCAUCUGUGGCGAGGCAAGAAUGAGGUGUGGAUGAAUACCGACGAGGGGAGAGAGACAUCAACAGAAAAGAAGAAGAAGCUUCUCCUCCGCGACUCACUCAUCCUCGACGACGAAGUCGACGUGGACCUCCUCGAAAACGACGCCGGUACAAUCAGCCGCAGUGAUUUGAUCCGGGAACGGACCCGGCCGCACGGUGUUGUGGGCACCUUGAUUCUCUACGGACCUGUUUUUGAAAAACUCGCAUCCUUCAUCAUGGAUCGGUUCACCUCGUUGCCGAGAAUCGGGGCGCGGAAUUGGGCGUCCUCAGCUCCGGCGGUGAUGGAGUCCACGCCGAACUAUGAUUCUCAGGUUACGUUUACGGCGGCGCGUGUGCGAGCCGGGUUCGUGUUGGUGAAGUUUGGCGCGAAGGAGUUUGCUACUGCGAAGGAUUGGUUGGGUGGGAUCCUCCGGGAGGAGGGGACGGUGUUUAGGGAGUUUGGCGAGGAAGCGUUAUUUUGCAUGUGAUUGUGAUUCGUUGUUGCAUCGUUUCCAUGUUGUAUACUCCCAAGGUACCUUGCUCUGCCUACAUACAUACGUACUUGUGCUCCGGCUAGUCAUUUCACUCGAGUGACUGCCUGUUAGCCCCUAUCUCGAUAGAUAUAUGAUACCCACCUCAUACAUACUAUGAAUGAACCAUAAAUGUCA